UCAUUUUCCUUCGGCUUGUGCAUAGUACUUUUUUUUACAUAUUGUCAGCACUGGGUUGUAACGAUAUGGCGCUAUGCAGCUGUAAAAGAUUUGGUUGACGUGAAUACGCAGUGGGAUGUUCACAGUGUAUCGUGAUAAAUUAUUCAAGACAAAUUCGUGACGUUUCAUUCUAAAUAAUUUAACCGGCAAAAUGAAAGCGAAGUACGUUCUCUGCUUGUUUGCAUUCUUCGUUACGAUGCUAGCAACAUCGACCGCUCAGCAGCCGGAACAAAAAAAGAAAUCGUGGCGCGAUAAGGAUAUACGAGACAUGACGGAGGCUGAUUUGGAGCAUUUACUGGAUCAGUGGGAAGAGAAUGAAGAGCCGUUGGAACCAGAUGAAUUGCCUGAACACCUGCGACCCAGUCCAAAGAUUGACUUGUCUCAGAUAGAUGCUUCAAAUCCAGACAACUUGCUGAGAAUGACAAAGAAAGGGAAAGGCGUUAUGAUGUUUGUGGAUGUUAGACCGGAUAUUUCAGAAGAACAAGCUGAAGUUAUAAUGCGUAUCUGGCAGACCAGUCUGCAAAAUAAUCAUAUUAUCGCGGAAAGAUAUCCAAUUGACAAAAGACGGUCUAUAUUCAUGUUCCGUGAAGGAUCUCAGGCAGUUGACGCCAAGAAUUAUCUGUUAGAGCAGCCCGAGUUAUCUUAUCUUACUUUAGAAGGACAAACUUAUUACAGGGAUGCAAAAGAACAGGCCGCAGCAGACGAAUCGAUCAGAAAACAAAGUGCCAAGGCAAGGCAAAGUAACGUUGAGUUAUAAUGAAUCUCUUAUGUUCUCCUGCAUUUCUUAAACAUUUUCUGUUUAUGUAUUUUUUGUACAGAUAUUCUUUUCAAAUAUUUUUUCUAUAGUAGCUAUUAAAGAGAGCGAAAGAGCAAACCAAUUGUUUUUAUAAAUAUUAAAUAUAAUAUUGAAAGCCUGAAUGUAAAAAUGCAUAUGUGUGAUAAAUAAAAAUCUUGUAUAU